AUGUCGAGCUCCCGCAGCGCCGUGUUCCUGCUGGACACCGCCGGCCCUGCGCGCCUGGAGCCGCUCCAGCGCGGCGCCCUCCGCCUCCUCACGCUGCUGAGCUGCCGCCUCGGCCUCCCCCGCCUCCGCUGGGCCUUCCGCUUCUUCGACUCGCUCGGCGGCCGCGGCGGCGCCUCGCGGGGCGGCGGGUUCCGCCCGCCUGGUCCCCUCUCCUGGGAGCGGUUCGAGGAGGAGCUGGCGGAGCGGCUCCGGGCGCGGGGGUCCUCGGCCGCCCUGCCCGGCCCCGCGCCCCGCGCUGCCCUCACCCAUAGCGGCCUCAAGGAGACGCUGCUCGACUUCCAGUGGGACCGCCCGGAGAUCGCGUCCCCGGCCAAGCCGCCCCGCAGGAGCCGCAGGACGGGGCUGGCCGGCCCGGAGCCCCCCGAGGCGUCCCCCGAGGGCUUCGUGAACGCCGUGUUCCUGUUCUCGCCCUGCCCGCACUCGCGGAGGGAGCUCCGGCGGUUCGUGUCGGGGAGCGAUGCCCCCUCCCCUGGAGAGCCGCCCACGGUGCAGGAGCUGGCGGAGAAACUCCUGCCCAGGAGUGUCCAGGAGCUGCUGGCGGAGCAGAAGAUCACGCUGUUCUGGGUGGACACCGCCGAGCGGGCUCAGCUGAUCGAAGCCCCGGAUCAUGUUGGAUACUGGACAAUGUUUGAACUGAUCCGUCAGACGGGAGGCACCAUUUUGCCAACUGAAGCCUUAGUGCACUGUUUGAGUCAUCCUAGGGCAGAUGUUGCUCAGUCCUUUCUUGGAGACUCCGGUUUCCCAGUGCCUUGGACCACACUCCUGCCCCUGGACGCAGUUCUGAACUACUUGUUCUCGAAGCCCUCUCUGUAUCGAUCGGUGUUUCCCCAGCAAGAAGGAACGUUGUUUCUCAGCAUGCCUGGAGGAAAGAAACAGGAAAGCUGUGCUGUGAUCCUGGAACCUCUUGCCAUGGGCCAAAGACAACUGCAUUGUCCAGUCAACAUCUUCCUGAAAGGAAACUUGAUGGGUUGGAACUUGGUACAGGCUGGCCACUUUCUCACAGAGAGCUGGAUACUGCACAGCUCUCAGGCUGAGCAGGCAGGAUGUAACAGGUCACUGUUUCAUCAGCUGUUAAGGACUCUGGUGAUUGAAGGACUGCAGAUGGUUGCUGAGGUAUCUCUGUCUAAAACUUGGUGCCCCUGCACUGCUGUUCUGUCACCGCUUUCUGAGGGUGCUGCAGUUCUGACUGUGCUUGGUGCUGAGAAGGCUGCUGAAGUUCAGCGAUGCAGCCUGGAAGGAGCCGUAGUGGAGGACUCUUCCCAGGACUCUGCUCUUCAUCUCCCAGAGAUUGUGAAUAGUGUGUUGAGUAAAAUUGACAUGUCGGUGGAAGAUCCUCUGGCCAGUCUGGGAGAAGAAACUCCAGUGCCAGAGUGGGUCCAACGGGAACUGUCCCAUACAGGGGGCUGGCAUCCUUCAGUGCUGGAAACAUGGUAUCCUGCAUCAAAUGCCUGCGGAGCAAGCUCAGAUCUGAUGGAGUCAUUCAGGCUUCUGCAGGUCCCUUGUGCUAAUGGGAAGGAUGAUGCAGACCAGUCUGAUGUGGAGCUCUCAGAAAGUCUGUCUGAGCUGUACCAGAGAAAAUUCAGUGAAACAGCUGCUACAGCUGGACCAGGAAAUAACAAAAAAAGGCGUGGGGUUCCCCGAACUCCAGUCAGGCAGAAGAUGAAGACCAUGUCCAGAUCCCUGCAGAUGCUCAAUGUAGCAAGACUGAAUGUAAAAGCUCAGAAGUUUCAACCUGAUGCUGUGCCACCAGCAGUGAAUGAGAAGGUUCCACAGAAGCUUUCAGCAAAAAGAUUGGAUGCAAAGGUGGAGGGAAAGGAAAAGGCACUUAAAAUACAAAUUGACUUCCAAACAGAGGAGGAGUUGCAGUCCCACUUGAGAGAGAGCUACCAGAAGGCUGUUGCUGAGGGAAUUCAGUUAUCUGUGUGUGCCCAGAAUAUGAUCGUGGCCAUUAAAAGGUUCUUGAAAGUACAAGAUGCCAAAGAGAAAGAGGUGGCCUGUGUGGAAAGAGUCAGAAACCAUCUCCUGAAGACCAGCAAAAUGCUCAGACAACAGCAUGGCUCACAGAAGGAGACCAAAGUCAGAGAGUGCCGACUUCAGGUAUUUUUGCGCCUUGAGUUGUGCCUUCAGUGCCCUUCGCUGCAAAGCAACGGUGACGAAAUGGAGCAGCUGCUGGAAGAGAUGACAGAUAUGCUGCGCAUUUUAUGUCUGACUGAAGACCCGGGGUAUCUUACAAAAUUUCUAGAGGAAAUACUGGAAUUGUACAUGAAUUCUAUACCAAAGACUCUUGGAGAUAUUUACUACGGUCUCGGUACACAAAUACCCCCAAAGCUGGCAGCUGUUCUGCCUUCAGACUUCUUCAGUGAUGACUCCAUGACUCUGGACAGCAAAUCUCCAGGCCUUCCACCGUCUUUAUCGUCUGUCUUGACUCCCAGCACUGUUCGCACAGAGAGUGACCAGCUGGAGGAGCUGCGCACCAGAUCUGCCCAAAAGAGAAGGAAUCACGUGUUAGCCAGACACAGGAGCAUGACAGAAGCACCACAGAACUUGCGUCAAAUUGAAAUUCCCAAGAUGGCCAAGAAUCCCAUCAGAAAGGAGAACUCCCGUUCUUACCUUGCUCCUGAGAAGUCCCAACAGAUGCCUUCGUUGCAGAAAGAAGCAGUGCAAGAGGUUACAAAGGUAAGGAGGAACCUCUUCAAUGAAGAGAUACUUUCACCAUCAAAAAGGUCUCUGAAAAAGAUGCUUAGAAGCCAGUCAGUAUCUGCUGUGGAAGGCUUAAAAUACAAAUGCACUGAUGAAGGCACCAAAGGUCAUCACAAGUUGUUGACCAAGAGAGUUGCAGAAACACCACUACAUAAGCAGGUCUCCAGGAGACUCCUACAUAAACAGAUCAAAGGCCGGUCUUCUGAUCCAGGUUGUGACACUGGUGUUGUAGAAGAAUCUCCAGAGAAGGCUAUAUAUGAAGCAAGUUUGAGAAGAAGCCCACGCAUCAAACAGCUGUCUAUGAAGAGGACCUGCUCCAGUGCCUUCUAUUCCACUACAGAGCCGAGCUCAAAGAAUUCACAGCGCAUCCACCAGGGACAAGAAAAGGAGAGCUGUGCACUGCAGGAUGUAGAAGGCCUCAAGCAGCAUUCAGAGACCCGCCCCGUACAGACUCCCAAGAGGUUUUUCUUUGGUGCAGUCACUGACAAGUGUAGUCCUGCAGUGAAGCAUUCACCUGGAAAGAGGAGAACGAGAAAAGACUCCUUGCACUUAGAGGAACUGACCUCCUGUCAGACUCCUAGAAAAAUACCUCAUAAAUUUGCCCGCAAGCUGCUGAAUUCUGCCAGUAAGCCACCGAGGAGAUCGCCUCGCCUUGCCCACAAGACACCACAGAAGCUGGAGAAGACUCCUGGCAAAAGUCCAGCAGCUAAGCAGACUGUAGCUAAGUGUUUGGGAAAGUACUUUUCUUCUCCUGCACAAAGGGUCAAGUCACCAUCUGCGUUAACUGAAAGUAACAGGGUUCACUUACUGCAAGUAACUUCUGAGGACUGUUCUGCAGCACACAGACUUUCCCCUCCUUGCAAAGAGUCUGUCCCACAAACACCAGAACACGAAGGGUUCACACCACUCAAUGCCUCAUUAUUACCUCCAAUAGAUUCAAAUCCAACUACUUCUUCCCCCUCUGCCAUCCGGGAAAGGUGUUCUACAGAACUGCAAACUCCAAGACGUUCCUUGAGAUACCUCUCAAAAUUAGCAUCUCCAGUUGGUGCUGGGAGGCAAAUCCUCGCAAAGGAAAUUCAGGGGCAAAUCCUCGCAAAGGAAAUUCAGUCUGAUCCAUUAGCUGAAGCCACUAAAAGGACUCCCAAGAAACAUGAAGAUCCCGGUUCAAAGUUGUUUACCAGCCCACUGAGUACAGAAAUACCUCAGCUUGUUGUGAGGCUUGAGCCUCUCAGCAGUUCUCUGCUCUGUGCAAGCUCCAUGAACGCUGUGACCAUCUGCUCUGCUUCCCGUGCUCAGCCUGGGGAGUCUGACGGGGAACUUAGUGCAUCUAAACCAUCUUCUCAAAAGUCUCCAGCUAUUACUGGCACUUCACUGAGGUCCCUGCUUCACACAUCCAAGCAGGCUAAUUGUGAACCAGAUUCUGGAGAAGAGAACCUCAUGCUUGUAUGUGCAGCACCUUCUGAAAAUAGGGACAGUCAUCAUGAUAAUGGUAACUGUUCUGUAGAAAGCCUUCAGCCUCAUCAGUCUGAAGUUACUGAAAAUAUCCCUGUAUUGCAGAAAAAUAAACAGAUGGAUGUAGCAUCUCAAAAGUCUUCUUCAAGAGAGGACUUGGAAAAUUUGGAAAAGCCUUUGUCUCCAAAGCCUUUUGCUGGAGAGCAAGUGCAUGCACAGGAUGCUGAGACAGACUCUGAGCCAUUGAUUAAGGAGGGGAUCUCCAGUGCAAACACCUGUGAGUCCUUGCUAAGUGAUUUGCAAACAGCUGGUGAUGACUCGGAACCAAGAACUCUGAGGGAAGAACUUACGGGGCUGAAGGCUCCAAGUCUUAAGAGACGCUCCAGAUCUGCCCUGAAUGUGUCACCUCCUAUGCCAAGGUCUGCUACAGCCUAUUCCUUGCGCUGCACUGCAGACAGGAGGCAGCGGGAGGCUGCAGCACGGAUGGGAGAACCUCAACUUGUAGCCAAGUUCUCCACUCCUAAAAACUGUAACAAACUGCCUUCUGCCAGCCCACCGACUUAUGAAGUUGAAAUUGAAAUGCAAGCUUCAGGCCUGCCCAAACUUCGCAUUAAGAAAAUUGGCUCUUGCUCAUCACUGGAAGUUCAACCUGAAGCAAGUGCCAACAAACCCAAGGGAGGAGAAAGCCCCUUUAGUGAUCUUGCUAUGACCUUGUGUAGCAAGCACCCAGGAAAACUGGCAGCUGCCUGCGUUUCACCUUCCUGCUGUCGUUCUUUCCACAGUACACCUGGGAAAGGUGCGGGCCAGACCUACAUAUGCCAGUCAUACACCCCAACAAGCUGUGCCUCUAACGUCACUUCCCCCUUCCCCAUGGAAGCAGGAGUUCUCCAGACGCCUUCUCCAAAGCAGAAGGGAAAGACUACCCCAGAUGCCAUCAAGGACUGGCCUCGGAGAAAGAGAGCAGCAGGCAGCACUGCCAGCACGAGCUGUGGUCAGAGCGAGAGGAACGCUGACGAACGGACAUGGAUGUCAGCAGGCAGAGAAAGAGUGAUGAGGAUCUCGGAGAACUUCAGCAGCAAAGUAACAAAUACUCCGGGGGAAUUUGAACUGGAAGGGAUUUGCAGGCUCCAGGAUCAGCCAUCUCCUAGUGACUCUGAACCCAAGGCUGAUGAGGACUCUGCCAUGGGAACUUCUGGCUUGAAGCCUCAGAAGCGGGUCUUUACUUACCUAUCACCAGAAAAGGAGGAGAAUCAUGAUGCCAAGAGAUCGUGCACUGAUAGGUGCAGCUUGGAUCUCAUUGGCUUUUCCACAGAUGAGGGAAACAGAAGCAAAUCAAGGACAGACUCUGUACUUCCUGAGAAACCAGGAAUGUGUGCUCUCAAAACACUUGAGCAGCACAGUAGUCUAGGGGAUGACGAUGUCUUCCUUUUGUCAGGCUCAACUCCACCCCUGAAGAGCACGCUCUCGGCCAGCAGCCUUCUAGCCCUGACCCAGUCCCCGCUGCUGUCCCCACCGCCGGCUCGGAGGAGGUGUGUCCAAGAAGAGGAGUCUGAUGCUGUCCAAACUGCUGCCGACCAGGAGCUGUCUCCAUUCCACUUUAGGGUUUCCAGGAAGCGUCCCCUUAGCAGGACUUAUUCACGGAAAAAGCUUCUCAGCUGAAGUUUGGAGCCAAGACAGCAUGGGAAACUUAGUGUUAUCCCAGCUGGACAACACACUUUUUAACAUGGACCUUGUAUUUGGUGCUGGAUGGGAGCUGCUUUCAGUUAGUAGGAGACUGGAUGCAAGUACAUGGCAGUGGAAUUAAGGACCACUCUAAAAGUUUGUAGUGUUUUUAAACAUCACUUGCAGCGUUUCUCCAUCCACUCAAAACCUGGCUCAGUCUUUCUGGCACUUGUGAUUGUGGUAGCUUGCAGUGAGCUCUGUAGUGAAGGUUCGAUUCUCCUGGGUCAAGUGGGAGAAUUGUCACUUUUCUACAGCUUUCUUGUAAAAUAAACUGAUGUGAAUUUUC